UGACUCAGGCAGAAAUGGUUAAAUUUGCUCUUGCACGCCCACACCCAGCUCGGGCGGAGUCGGCAUAUAAAUACGAAGUGCGAGGAAUGCGCAGGUUUGGCUUGCUUUUCCAGGCAAAAAUCUCUGCUUCAAAAGUUCCUCUCUGUAACCACAAAAAAGUGAUUCACCAUGCCAUCUGAUCUGGAGAGAGCUAUGGAAACACUGAUCACAGUUUUUCACCGCUAUGCCGGUACAGAGGGCAACAGCACCACACUGUGCCGCAAAGAGCUCAGGCUGCUCAUGGAGACAGAACUCUCCAGCUUCCUUAAGUCUCAAAAAGACCCUGCCACUAUUGACAAGAUAAUGAGAGAUCUGGAUGCCAAUGGGGAUGGAGAGGUGAACUUUGAAGAGUUUGUGGCCCUUGUGGUUGGUCUGUCCGUUGCCUGUGAACAGUGUUACCAGUUGCACCUUAAAUCAAAACCACAAAAGAAGUAAAGAGAGGGAGUUGGAGAUGAUUUUCUACUAAUUGUUAUUGUAUAAACAAGUUUAAUAAACACAAUUGCGAACCCCA